AUGGAUAUUGGAAAUAUUGAUAGUGAGUUGGAAGGUUUGGAAACAAAAUUUGAAUUGAAUGAUGCUUUUAUGGUUGAUUUACUUGAUAAUCCACGAUUGUCUAAAGUGACAAAUAGCAAAUUGAAUAAUGAUAUUGUGGCUGAUUCAAUACCAAUGUUAAGAGAGAUGGAGAAGCUGUUGAAUACGAAGACCGGUAAAGAGGAAGCAAACCUUGCUUCCAGUAGUGGUGACAGUAUACAGGCUGCUUCAGAUGAAGAUUUUAGUUUUACUCAUGCAAACAUCCUUGACUCAAACAUGUCUACUACAUCGUGUAGUUUGUUUUUACAGAUAUUAUUUCCAUUUGUUCCUGCUGGUCUUGGAAUGGUUUUUGCUGGAUUUGUUCUUGAUAUUGUACAACACUGGAAUCUGUUUACCGAAGUACCUGAAACAUUCAUUUUGGUACCUGCAUUACUCGGUUUAAAAGGAAAUCUUGAAAUGACAUUUGCAUCGAGAUUAUCAACAUUGGCAAACAUGGGACGAAUGAGCUCAAAUCCGAAGAAGAUUAUUAUUACAAACUUGGCUCUCAUUCAAGUGCAAGCAAUUGUUGUAGCAUUUCUCGCUUCUGGCUUUGCUGUUACUCUUGCAUGGAUACCGAAGGGGCAGCAGUCUUUACGUGUAAAUGCAGAAAUUAAUGGAGAUGAUUUAUGCAGUAAUUUAGUUAACUUACUUUCAUUCGUAUCAGUGGAAUAUAUUGCUGGUAAAUGGAGAUGGAUAAAGGAUGGCAGUAGAACUAAAACAGUGGAUGAACAUUUCCAGAUUGAUUGGUCUCAUGCUGCCGUAUUGUGUGCAAGCAGUCUAACAACGGCAUCAUUGACAUCAUUAGUGCUCAGUACAGUGGUGAUAUGUGUCGUUUUAAUUUCACGAACUUUCGCAAUAAAUCCUGAUAAUAUUGCAACACCAAUUGCUGCUUCAUUGGGUGAUCUUACCACUUUAGGAGCUCUAUCAUUAUUGGGUUCGAUAUUUCUUCAUGCACAUCUGGAUGAGACUUGGCUUAAUGUUGCUGUGGUCGUAACAUUUAUAAUGGUAAUACCGUUCUGGAUUUACCUAGCACGAAAGGAUAAAAGUACAACCGAUGUGCUAGAGAAUGGCUGGUCACCUAUUAUAUUCAGCAUGUUGAUAAGUAGUGCUGGUGGUUUUAUGCUGGAAAGCACCAUCAAACGAUUUCCUAAAAUUGCGGUCUUCCAACCUGUUAUAAAUGGAGUUGGAGGUAAUCUUGCAGCUAUUCAAGCUAGUCGUCUUGCUACGUUCUAUCAUCAACACUACUCAUUUGGAACAUUAAGAGAGACUUUAUCAAAUCUAGACGCGCAUUCAGCUCGUGUGUUAUUGUUAUUUGUGGUUCCUUGCCAUAUAUUUUUCAAUUGGAUCAUACAAAUUUUACACAAAGGAAGUAGUCUGCCGUCUGGACCACUUUUUACUAGUAUAUAUAUUUGUGCAGCAUUAGUGCAGGUUCUGUUACUCCUUUAUAUGUGUCAAUUACUCGUUGCCUUUUUAUGGUCAAUAGAAGUGGAUCCAGAUUGUGCUGCAAUACCAUAUUUAACUGCCCUUGGUGAUUUGUUUGGUACAUUUUUACUAUUUUUAAUAUUUGCUUCUCUUUCUUGGUUUGACAAAGGUCGAAAUUUCUGA